CCGAGGGCUCUCACCGGGGCUCCUGGUGCUGUCCCUGCCCUGGCCCGGGGGUCGAUGCAGCAGUGGGGGGAUGCAAACCCCAUGGGCUGGGGUCCUGCACCCAUCCUGCACCCCAGGAUGACAGAGGGUUGCCAGGUGAGGUCCUUUCUCAGCCCCCCCCAGUGUGACAGUGCUGGGGAUGCUGGGACACUGAGGAGCUGCAGGUGCCUCCCAGGUAUGGAGAGUAUCCCAUGGGAUGAUGUCCUGGAACAGCAUUGCCAAAGACAAGGAGCCCAAGACAUCCCCCUGAAGGUGACCUCCCGUUGUUUGUGUACCCAGCACGAAGGUAAAACCAGUCAAGGCAGACUUUUUAUCUCCAGGAGAAUUUUGAGGAUGCUGGUGUGGGAAGCUGCUGAGUUCUUGACAAACCACUUCAUUAUCACCUACAAAGUUUCCCAAAACAUCAAUUUCAGCUUCACCCUAAGCACACGUGAGUGCCCUAAGCAGCAGUUUCAGGUAUUACCAGAGAGGAAGAAGCAGCAGCUCAUUUCACACUGGGCUGGAAGACAGCAAGACACAAACAUGGAUCCAGAGGACAGCAAUUUAGGAGAAAAAAGGAGCAGAAACAUGUCAGAGGAAGAAGAAGUAGGUCAGUUUUCUCCCGAGUGCAACUUCACCCUCUCAUACAGGUCACCUGCUCCAGGAGUCCAAGGGCUGCUCUGUUUCUGCAAUCCCUUUAAUGCCCCAUCCGCCACGUGA